CAUGCGGACGGGAGAGGGGCCCGACAGGCCUCUAGGUUCCGUGCAGAGCUGAGUCCGACAUGCAGGCGGGGGGUGAGGGCGGGUUCUUCUCCCGCCGCCGGAGCCGCAGUGCCGACACCGUGCGGCUCCGCCAGAGAAAAUCUGCGCUGUACAGCGCUGCCCCGGGGGCCGGCGGGGAGCGGGGCCCAGAGCUUUUUGGCGAAAACAUUUAUCUGGUCUUGUUUACCAUAAGUCUGCGAGUACUUAACUGCUUUUUAGUCCAGACAAGCUUUGUUCCAGAUGAAUACUGGCAGUCGCUUGAAGUUGCACAUCAUAUGGUUUUCAAUUAUGGCUACUUGACCUGGGAAUGGGCAGAAGGUUUAAGGGGUUAUUCAUACCCACUACUCUUUGCAACUAUCUACAGAGUUUUACAGCUACUGGCAAAGGAUGAUGUUCAGCUGCUGAUUUGGAUCCCUAGACUUGUGCAAGCAGUUCUGUCAGCUCUAGCAGACAUAAAGCUUUACUCAUUAGUGAGACAUCUAGAAAAUGCAGAAACAGCAAAGUGGGUGUACCUUUGCCAGUUGUGCUCUUGGUUUACAUGGUAUUGCUGUACCAGAACUCUAACAAACACCAUGGAAACUGUUCUCACCAUCUUUGCUCUUUUCUACUAUCCAAUGGAAGGCUCAAAGACGAGGAGCAGUUGCAAAUAUUUAACUUUCGUUGCACUUGCAUUUAUUAUUCGUCCAACUGCUGUAAUUCCAUGGAUACCUUUGGUGCUCAGGCAUUUCUGGCAAGAACAGAAGAAGGUAGACCUUGUUCUAUACAGCUGUAUUCCAGUAGGAUUGGUCACUCUAGGGAUUUCUUUAAUAAUCGAUCGUGUAUUUUUUGGUGAGUGGAUACUGGUUCAGCUGAAAUUCUUGAAGUUUAAUGUGCUACAGAAUUUGGGAACAUUUUAUGGUUCUCAUCCUUGGCAUUGGUACUUGACCCAGGGAUUGCCGGUUAUUUUGGGCACCCAUCUACCCUUCUUUAUUCACGGCUGCAUCCAGGCACCAAAGAGGUAUCGCAUCCUUCUAAUGGUAGUGGUUUGGACAGUGUUAGUAUACAGCAUGUUGAGCCACAAAGAAUUCAGGUUUAUCUAUCCCGUACUGCCAUUUUGCAUGGUGUUUUGUGGAUAUUCUCUUAAACAAUUGAAAACAUGGAAGAAAUCAGCAAUAACCUUCCUGCUUUUAUCAAAUUUACUCCCAGCCCUGUACACGGGUUUGAUUCACCAACGUGGCUCUCUUGAUGUCAUGAUUCAUAUGCAGCAGCUCUGUAACAAUUCUUCUAACCAAUCAUGGGCUUCUGUCUUUGUAAUGAUGCCAUGCCACUCUACUCCUUUUUACAGCCAUGUUCACUGUCCUCUACCAAUGAGAUUCCUUCAAUGUCCUCCAGACCUAACUGGAAAAGAGAGUUACCUUGACGAAGCAGAUAUAUUUUACUCUAAUCCUCUCAAGUGGCUUAAUGAGGAGUUUUACAAUGGUACAUUACCUACUCACUUGGUCUUCUUCAGUGUGCUAGAACAGGAAAUAUCAUCGUUUCUUGUCCUAAAUGGUUAUGAGAGAACAGCUACUGUCUUUCACACCCAUAUGCCUCAGGGACGAAUUGGAAGCCACAUCUAUGUCUACACAAGAAGGGUGAAAUGAAGCAUGCUUCAAGAUCAGUUUCUGAACUGGAACCAACUGAACUCAGUAUUGUACAGUGGUGUCUUGGUUAAACAACCUUCUAGUACAGAACAGAGGGCCGUGAUACUUGAAAAUAGGUAAGAAAAAUUGACAGGUCUGGCUCAAAUGUACAGCCAGUAGAUAAGGAUUAUACUGGGCGUAGUGUGUUUAGUGAUGCUUCUUCACUGGUGGAAAAGUGGAACUUCAGUGGCAAUAUUCUCAUCUUAUCUCUUGGUGUUAAGAGGGGAGGGAAAAAACAAGGUUCAUCCGUCUUAGGACAUUUAUAAAUAAUUAACAGAACAUCAACAGCUACUGCAUGACAUUUGUGAUUUAGAGGAGAGGAGUAAAACAAGACUUCAUAACCUCUAUGGGACUGUACAUCUAUGCUAAAUUUGUUUAUGAAUAAAGACUUUUACCCACAACGCCUCUUUAUUUUUCUUCCACAAUAUGCAGAUGUGCAAGAAAUUUCAAGUGCAUAUGUCAGUAAGCUGAUUAGAAUGCAGCACAGCAAAUUCUUCAUAAGUCAACAGGCUCUUGAACCCCCAAAAAAGACAAGAAGCAAGUAUAAGAUUACAAAACAUUCACAGAUGCAUUGCCAUAAUUUAGAUCUACUUUCUGAAGGAUGAGAUGAAGUUAGUACACCAAACCAUGUUAAUUACAUGUACAUUAUGGAUGAUUCAAUUUUGAACUAUACUAAUUAAGCCUAUUUUUCACACAAGUCACAACACACCUAGUUUCCAUAACAGUACAACUACAACCAAAAUCAUUUCCAAAGAACAGUAAAGCAACACUAGAGAAAAUGCGAGUUAGGAAGUUUGAUUGAUGCUUUUGAACAAUAGGGUAAAAAUCAAUCUGUAUGAAGAAACACUUGCACCUUGCAGUUUUGUUGAAAAACAAUUAGUUUCCAUGGAGGAACCACUAGAAAUUAUCUACUUGUAUCUUCCUGAUUUUACCAUACACAAAUUACUUAAUAUUUUGGAUCAAAGGGUAAUUGCCCCAAUUCUAUUUCAAGAUUUGCCAUAUGUCUUCCAUUAGUGCGACCAUGUUUAUGCCAUUUACCUUCUCUCUUAUUACGAUGGUGUUGCUUCUGAGUUUGUUUUUCAUGUCUGGAACUUUCAGAUUGUGUGAAAGUAGGCCUUUUAGCAGGUUGACUGAAAGGAAUAAACAAAACUUGGUUAGGAACUGUUGAAAAUAUCUUAAUAAAAUCAACUACAUACA